AUGGUGCUGCUGUCGGGGCACGGCGAGCAGCUGCCCGGGGAGCGCGUCUGCCCCGCGCCCGCCGCCGCCAAGGAGAUGCCCGGCGCCGAGGCAGAGAGCAGCCCCGAGCAGGGGGCGGCGGAGGCUGCCGCCGAGGAGCCGGACGAAGAGAAGGAGGAGAAGGAGGAGGAGGAGGAGGAUUGCGAGGAGUACGAGGACUUCUCCGAGCUGCCCGACACCUGCAGCAUCGCCUCGGACGACUCCUUCUACCCUCCGGGGGGGCUGGACGACGACGACGAGGACCUGUGGUCCCUGGAGGGGGACGAGCGCGACAGCCCCGAGGCGCUCAGCCUCUUCCGAGCCUGCUGCACCAACAACAGCAUCGUGCUGAAGGCGCUCAUCCGCCAGGGCCCCCAGGAGGAGGAGGUGCGGGAGGCCGACCGCAACCGCAGGAAUGGUCUUAUCGUUGCCUGUUACCAAGGUUAUGUGGAUAUUGUAAUAGCCUUAGCACAAUGCCCUCACCUUGAUGUGAACUGGCAGGACAACGAAGGGAACACGGCUCUGAUUACAGCUGCACAGGCAGGGCACAUAACCAUUACAAACUAUCUGUUGAACUAUUUUCCUGGGCUUGAUAUUGAGAAGAGGAAUGCGUUUGGCUUCACAGCACUGAUGAAGUCUGCGAUGCAGGGCCGAACGGAAUGUGUGAAAGCCUUGAUGAUGGCAGGGGCAAAUGUUCACGCAACUGACCCAAGCCGUGGACUGACUUCGUGGGAAUGGGCUUGUUUCACGGGAAGAUCAGAGUCUGCCUUCGUCAUGCAGAAGCUGAUGGACAGGCCAUGCCCAGAACAGUUUUCUGAUCAAUAUAAACCAGAAUGGCCAAAAAUGAAGGAACUCCUUGCCAAGGCUGCAGAGCCAAAAAGCUGUUUGCAGAAGAUUUCUGAGUGCGUAAGGGCGGCUGUCUCCUUCCGGUCUUUCUAUGGCCCAGAAGAGGACGGUGUCCUUGACCACAUGGUGAAGGUGACAACAAGCUUGGGGAGUCCCUUCAUCGCUCUGGCGUGCCGGACUGUGUGCCCAGGCAGCCCACCCUGUGUGGGGAAACGCAGACUGGCUGUGCAGGAAAUCCUUAGGAAGCAGAGAGCGGAGGAGAUCCGGUCUCAGGACAAAGAUCACGUUAGCAACUACGAGAAGCUCUUUCAGAACUCCAAGGUCACUGUAAUCCCCAAGAAGAAGGAGCGUCGGGCCAGCCUGCAGCCCGUCAGCAUUGCCAUGUCCCAAGUGAGCACGGUGGCCACCAGGAAGGCAAGCCUCCUGCCACUCCACCUGCUUCGGCGGAGCAGCGUCCGGCCGGGAUUCGUCAUCCCCAAAGUCCGAGUCAGCAAGGCUCCUCCACCCACCUUCCAGCCAGAAAAGGCCAGGAGGAGGAGCAGCGCCAAGGAUGACCCCUACCUGCAGAUUCCCAAAUGGAAAUACAAGGAGCUGAAAGAGGAGCGGAGGAAGGCAGAGGAACAGGAGAGGAACAGAGCAGCAGAGGCUCAAAAGCCGAGGCAGGUGUCUCCUGGCCAGAGCAGGACCUGA